AUGAAACCCAUACACUUGACUCUUGCGGUUGGAGUCCUCUCGGGGAUCUCCGUCGCUAGAGAGCUAGAGCCCAGCGCCGAGGUCUCGGCUUGGUAUGACACUGGUGCCGCCCACCAGGAGAACAUGGAACACAAGAUCGCCCAAUGGGAACAAGCCGAGGCAGAGGGGAAGUUCGACUCUGCUCAAUGGACCGGACGCGUCAAGGAUUAUCUUGCCUGCAAGGACGGCAAGGUAGAGCUUGUUAAGGGCGAUCCUCUUCAGACAUUUAGAUGCAAGGAUCUUGACCUCUACGAUUUCCAGCCCCAUGCCGCUUUCGGUAACUCUACUGGCAGAGGCUCGGGCUCCUGGGGUUGGACGGCACCAAAUGGCAGAGAGUUCUUUGCAAUCGGGCAGUUAGACGGUACUGCCUUUGCGGAGAUCUCCAAUAAUGGCAAGCUGAUUUACCUUGGCACUCUGCCAUACUACUCCGAGCCGAGCCGAUGGCGCGAGAUUAAGACAUACAAGAACUACCUCGUCGUGGGUAGCGAGGCGCCUGGGCACGGUAUCCAGUUUUUUGACUUGCGUAAGCUUCUCGACAUUGACCCCAAGAGCCCCGUUGUCUUCUCCAAUGAGAAGGACUUGACGGCGCAUUGGACCGAGGCCCUGCCUCUUGGCCGCAGUCACAAUGUCGUUGUCAACGAGGAGAAGGGCUAUGCCGUUGCUGUUGGUGCCCAGCCCCGUCGAAACCUGCCUUGCGAUUCUGGUUUGCAGUUCCUUGAUCUCGCAGAUAUUACGAACCCCGUCUAUCUGGGAUGCGCUGCUGGUGACGGCUACGUCCAUGAUGCGCAGUGUAUCGUCUACCGCGGGCCCGAUUUGAAGUAUUGGGGUCGCGACAUCUGCUACGGAUACAACGAGGAUACCUUGACAAUCUAUGAUGUCACCGACAAGAACACUACAAGCAUCAUCUCCCGCACCAGUUAUGACGGCGCAACUUACACCCAUCAAGGCUGGGUUUUCGACCCCAACUGGCAAGAUUUCCUGGUUCUAGAUGAUGAGAUCGAUGAGCGCAACAAGACGGGCCCUGCUGCCGACGGCUUUCCAGUAACAUACUUCUGGGACAUCCGAUCCCUCCAAAAACCAAAGCAAAGCGGAAUCUUCAAGGGCAGCGUCCGCAGCGUUGAUCACAACCAAUUCAUCCACCGCGGUUUGUCAUACCAGAGCAACUACGGCGCCGGUCUUCGAAUUUUGGACGUUUCAUCCGUCCGCUGGGACCCCACAGCUAAGCACGUGAAGGAAAUUGCCUACUUUGAUAUCUUUCCUGAAGAUGACAACGAGCCUGGUGGUGGCGCCAACAACUACACCGGUACCUGGAGCCACUAUCCGUACUUCAAAAGCGGUUACAUUGUCAUCAAUACUAUUGAACGUGGUGUCUGGGUUGUGAAGCGAUCAAACCCUUGGUGGUGGCCGUGGUGA